CAAUCCCAUUUCAUGUCAAGCGACAGGCUGUCUAGACGCCCAUGUGACCGGGCGCGUCAAUGCUCACUGUGGGGAGGACACACACACACACAAACACACGCACACACUCUCCACGAACCAAUCCGCGUCACACACACGCACACACUCCGCUUGCAGAGAGCACACACUCACACACGUCUGCUUGCUUCAGUGCCACGCACAGACUCGCAGUGUGCAUGCAGAGAAAGGCUGCUGCAGGACUCCACGCUGAAGGAUAUCACGGAGCUUAAAAAAACACGAGUCUUUUUGGGGGGGAUUCUUAGUGGUCGUGGAUUAAAAGCUCUUUCGGGCCAUUUUUGCCGCUUCACGUCACGCUGCUUUGUUGUAGCGCGAUCGAAGCCCCCUGGAUGUUGUCAGCGGGGAGCCACUGAGCGAGCGAGCCGAGCACCGGCGGCGGCCCAGAGCAGCAAACUCCAGCGUGUGGCCGGGCUACGGGCUCCCGUCUCCGGCGUCGCGCUGCUGCAGCCCCGCCGCUCCGCUCCUCCGGCUCGCCGCCUUUCUGCCCCCUUCCUCAUCCCCUCCUCCGCCGCCUCCUCCGGACUCGGACUCGGACCCGGCAAUCUUCAUGGUUUGCGGACACCAUGCCCGUUGUUUAGCCGGGGAACCCUCAUCUCGUCCCGCAUGUUCAGGACCAAACGAUCGGGGCUCGUCCGGCGACUGUGGCGGAGCCGCGCGCCCGUGGAGGGCGACGGGGAGGUGGACAGAGGGACGCAUGGCCCCGGGGGUUGCUGCAUGGGCAAAGCGGCCAAGGUGGCGGCCAAGUCCCACGGCGGGUCGGAGGCCGAAUUGAAGGCGCUUACCCACUCUGUGCUCAAGAAGAUUAAAGAGAAACAAUUGGAGGUGCUUUUGCAGGCGGUGGAGUCAAAGGGGGGCGCCCGCAGCCCCUGCUUGCUGCUGCCGGGCAAAGUGGACGCCAAAGUGGGUCAAGUGUCUUACUCCCUCCCCAUGCUGCUCUACAAGGUGUUCAGGUGGCCCGACCUCAGGCAUUCCUCGGAGCUCAAGAGGCUGUCGUGCUGUGAAUCCUACGGGAAAGUCAACCCGGAGCUCGUCUGCUGCAAUCCGCACCACAUGAGCCGCCUCUGUGAACUCGAGUCUCCUCCUCCUCCCUAUUCCCGCUAUCCCAUGGAUUAUCUUAAACCACCAGAUUCCCCGGACUCAGGACCAUCAUCCAGUGAGACCAGGGGAACAACCUACUCGGCCCCUGUGGGGCUUUCAGAUUCCCUGGCCAUGCCGGAGUCAGGGGAGCGGUCCCAUUGGUGUGUUGUGGCCUACUGGGAAGAGAAGACCCGCGUGGGGCGCCUCUACUCGGUCCAGGAGUCCUCUCUGGACAUCUUCUAUGAUCUACCUCAGGGCAACGGCUUCUGCCUGGGCCAGCUCUGCUCGGACAACAAGUCGCAGCUGGUGCAGAUGGUGCGCGCCAAGAUCGGCUACGGCAUCCAGCUGACCCGCGAGCCCGAUGGCGUGUGGGUGUACAACCGAAGCUGCUACCCCAUUUUCAUCAAGUCGGCCACACUGGACAACCCGGACUCGCGCACAUUGCUGGUGCACAAGGUGUUCCCCGGGUUCUCCAUCAAGGCGUUCGACUACGACAAGGCCAGCAGUCUACGGAGGCCCAACGACCACGAGUUUACGCAGCAACCGCGCACGGGCUUCACGGUGCAGAUCAGCUUUGUGAAAGGUUGGGGACAGUGCUACACGCGACAGUUCAUCAGCAGCUGCCCCUGCUGGCUGGAGGUCAUCUUCAACACCCGAUAGCGGUGGCCUCCCCUGCCCCUUUCCUCCUCAGACAUUAUCCCCCCCUCCAACCCUCAUCGUCCUUUUUUGUUCCAGAGGUUCAAAACAAAGUUA